AUGCCACCAAAUUGCUUAACAGGACCUUUAUCUUUACAAGGAUUUGCUAAUUUAAAAGCAUUCUGGUGUGGAGGGCAAAUUAUUACCAGUUUAGAUUUAACUGACUGUUUUAUUCUAGAAGAAUUAUAUUGUCAAGAUAAUCAAUUAACGAGGUUAGAUUUAAGUUCUGAUUCUAAAUUAAAAAAAUUAGGUUGUAGUAACAAUCAACUUGCUGAAUUAGAUGUUAGCAAUUGUGCUAAUUUAGAAGAAUUAGAUUGCUCAGCAAACAAUCUCACUAAUUUAGAUUUAACUAAUUGCCCUCAAUUAACUUCAUUGUGGUGUCAGAAAAAUCAACUAACUCAACUAACUUUACCAACUAAACUACCUAAUUUAGAGCGAUUGCAAUUACAGGUAUUAAGGAUUAGUAAUACUGAUCUAACUGAUGGAACAAAAUAUUUACCUACUAGUGUUAUGGAAAUUAGAUAUUCCUCCUUAGCCAAACCAAACAGCAAAGUUAAAUUAAUAGCUAAAAAAUUAGAGAAAAGUAGUGAUUUUGUUGGCAAUCUUGAGAUCGAUAAAAAGAAAGAACUAGAGGAUGAACUAGUUGAAUCCAAAGCAAAGAUUGAGAAAUUAGAAAAAAAACUAACUGAACAAAACACACUUUAUCAACAAAAAGAAGUAGAUGCUAUUCAAGAAAGUGCAAAAUCUGAGCCAGCCGAAAAAGAAAAAUGGGAACAGAAGUCUAAAGAACUAGAAAAAAAACUUGAUGAAUCUAAAGAAAGAGAAUUUGAGUUGAAAGGAGAACUAAAAGCAAAAAAAGAAGAGAUUGAAAGAAUGAGUAAAACAAUAGACAAAGUAAUAGUUACACCAAAAGCUCAAAAUGUAUUUAUCAGUCAAAGCAUCAAUACUUACCAAAUUCAAUAUACUCAAAAUUAUCAAAAAUUGGAGGCUGAUCUAGAAGAACAAAUUAAUGAAUUCUUAGUUAAUAAAGAAACUACCCCCUGA